AUGGCCGUCGAGAACCGGGGUCCUGAGCUUCAGGCAGUGUGCUACACGCUUGCGACUGCUGCAGUUAUAUCGACAUUAUUACGAUGCUUUGUCCGUGUGCGCCUCGUCAAGAACUUUGGCUUUGACGACUGGUGCAUGUGUACCGCUCUCUGCUCAUUCCUCCUUUUCGUCAUCUGCGCCCUCAUCGGAGUUCACUAUGGCACCGGCCGUCACCACAAAGACCUGGAACCCGAAGAUAUCAAGCAAGCAAUGAAAUACUGGUGGUGGUGCUACCUAUGGUACUGCACCAGCAUGAUCGCCUCCAAAAUAUCCAUCGGCUACUUCCUCCUCCGAAUCACUGUCCGAAAGAUGGACGUCUGGAUCAUCUACGGCGUCAUGAUGAUCACCGUCUGUACCGGCGUCGUCUUCUUCUUUGUCACCCUCUUUCAGUGCCAGCCCAUCUCCUUCUUCUGGAACAAGGACCAGAAGGGCACAUGCAUCAACGUCGAGGUCAUCAUCGGCCUCACCUACCUAUACAGCGCUUGUAGUGUCAUUUCCGACUUUACAUGCGCCAUCCUACCAAUGUUUCUCGUAUGGAAGCUCAACAUGGGCAAGAAGACCAAGAUUGCUCUCAUUCCUAUCAUGGCUAUGGCCUGCGUGGCGAGUUCAGCCGUGGUAGUCCGUUUCGCAUUUGUCAAAGAUUUUAAAAGCCCAGACUUUCUCUGGGCAACCCUCGACAUCGCCAUCUGGUCCACCACCGAACAAGGCCUCGCCGUCACUGCCGGCAGCCUUGCUACUUUGCGACCUUUGCUUCGAUUACUCGGCCACAAGCUUGGCAUAUCGACAUCGGGUCCGUCUGUCUUGCAGGACACGGAUCAGCCCAUUGCAUCAGGGGGGUUCAAGUCAAAGGGCGCUGACGGCAGCGGGAAUAGGCAUCGCAGCCUUUUUAGCCUCACCACAUUCACACGGGAGGACGAUCUGGAUCGCCACGGGCGAGACGGCGAGGCAGCUUACGCUGGGAGGAGCCAUUUCGACAGGCCGGGGCAGGAAAAGUCUGUCUGGGGGACGAGGACGAGUGUGGAGAACGAGAGCGAGGAGGAGUUGACGGGGAUGGGGCAGCAACACAACAAAGGGUUGAGUGGUGAUCCACAGCGUAUCGUCAAGGUGACGACUUUUCAGGUCCAGGAGGAUCGAAUCUAA